CAUAUUAACAUUUCUCUCAUGUGCAUGCAUAGACUAUCCAUUGUUCUUAUUGCUAUAUAUUAUUAUUCUAUUGUCUUGAGAAAAAAAACAUUGUAAUCAUUGUAUGGAAUUUAAAACCUGCAAGAAUCCGUUAUUGGUUAAAUAGAGAAUUUCUAAUGCUGUACGCAAAAAAAUAAAUAAAAGACUUACUUUCGUUUUUGAUUAACGAAAGUUGGGAAAGUUUGUUUCAACGUUUUAAUUAUAAUCUGGAAAGCCACACGAUCGAGCACACGAUAACUUUCAUUUAUACAGGUUUUUCGAAUGAAGUGAAAAGAUGGAGGAAGAUGGAUGCUUAGAUAUAGAAGAAUCUGAUGGUAAAUUGAAGGUAUUCAUAUCUCACAGCAAUGAAUUAGAAGACAGUUUUCUUGUUAGCAAUGAAGUGGUUCCAAAAUUAAAAGCAAGGAACAUACAAAUUUGUGGACAAGAUGAGUUAAGACCAGGAAAUCAUGUUGUACCUGCAAUUACUAAAUUAAUACAUAAGAUAGACAAAACAUUGCUGUUUAUGUCAAAGAAUUCGUUAAAAAGUCCUUGGUGUUCAUUUGAGUUGUUGAUCAGUUUAGAGAAAUCACAGAGAAUCAACAGACUUGCAGUUGUUUUGUUACUUUAUGAUAUAGAAGAAUCCGAGCUUCCACGAAUUGCUGUUCUCCAAGAAGCAUGUAAAAUACAUUUUACAAAAGAAAGUGAUUAUUGGGUUACAGAAGUAGUUGAAGGACUUAAUGAAAUCAAGUCAAUAGGUGACAUCAUGCCAGCAGGAAAUGUUGCUCAUGGAUUAGUUUGGUCCCAUUAUAAUGGAUAUCAACAGUACGUUUUGCCUGUAUUGAAGAAAAAAGUAAAGGAGUUAGAUUGGUACAAAGAGCAGCCUGCUGAAAUUCAAAGCAGAGUAUCGUUUAGAAUGUAUGAAAUGGUACCUAAGUCUUGUACUGUUAAGCAUGAGCUACCUGAGGAAGACAGUAAUAUUAAAGAAGUUGCAACCAUUGAAAUCCUCGUUCCGAUGAGAGCUGGAAAUUUCAGGAAAAUUUGUGUAAAAAUCUACAGUGUUACUGAUGGCAAUGAGACUUUUUACUGCAUGUCUGAAUAUCCAAAUGUGAUCGGCACAAUGAAAGUAAUGGAAGACAACCAAUUAGCCAGGUUCUCUCAUACAUACCAAGGUAAUGAAGAAGGAGGCUCCACAACAGCAGCCCCAUUUACCACUGAUGACAAAGAGUUACAGUUAGACAGAUUUUAUUAUACGAUGAAUUCUGUCCUUAAUCAUUUUGAAAACUGCAGAAAAACUGCCAGAGUUUUACGUUUUGAUGAUGAAAGUGAGAAAAUUUCUGAGGUGUUGAUGAAAGCUGUAAGAGAAGAUCUACACAGUGCCACUGAGAUAAAGAAACUAAAGAGAGAUAACCAGACUUCAUUAGAGUUAGUAGAUGAGUCGCAAUAUAAAUACAAAGUGUAUGUUGCUUGUUCAGAGAAUUAUGAAGAUCAAGAGAAGGCACAGAAAAUUGUUGAUUACCUUAAGGACGAAGGGGUAGACAAGAUAAUGGAAGAUGCUCCUGGUUUAAAAUUUUCAGAGAAAUUAAUAGAAGCUUCUCAGAAUUGUAGAUGGAUUAUUUUUCUCCUAACAGAACAUGCUUUAAAAGAUACAAAUCUUACAUUCCAUGUCAUGUCAGCACUUGGUGUCAGUAUUUACCAAAAGAGAGUAAAAGUUAUACCAGUUGUUAAUAGAUGUGACAAUCUUUACAUACCUGAAUCUCUAAGAUGGGUGACUUAUAUUCCAUUUGAUACAAACAAUGACCAUCUGAAGAGUCUUCAUAGUAUAGUCAGUGGAAAAGACAUUCCAAUGGAAACUCAGUUGAUAUUACCAGCAGGUGAUGUGGCUUAUGGUUUAGCUUGGAAUUAUGUCACAAACUAUCUGAUUCAGGUUUUACCUGGCAAGGAAGAUGACAACCAUGUCCUAAAUGGAAUUGAUCAAGCCUUAAAAGGAAAGCACAUAAGUAAUGGUAUUUGUCCACACAAGUUGUACAUUGUUAUCCCAAAAAGCUGUGGCGCUGGUGGUGCUUUGAAGGACAAAAGAGAGGAUACAGAAAGGAUUAUCAAUUUUACAAAAACUCCAGAUGUAUUUCCAUUUGGACCAGGCAGGCGAUUUUCCUGCAAUAUUUACAAAGUUAAAGCAAAGGACCCUGCAAUGGACACGGGAUUAUAUUUUGUUGGACAGUAUGCAGCACCAGUGGCAUGCUUAGAAGAAAUGAAAAAUUGGAAUAUUGCUGGGGUAGAUUCAGAGACCAUGGGUUCUGAGGUUUAUAGGUUUUAUAAAAUCGUUACAGAAUUAGUGAGAAAUGCUGUUCCAAAACAGGCUCAGUAUUGUGAAUUUAUCUACUUUGAUGAUGUUACUGAUUCUUUAGCAGAUAUAAUGGAGCAAAAGAUCAGAAGUUGAGAAGGUGAUGGACAGAUCAUUUGAGCAAUGUAACUGUGAUAUUUUUUUCAUUCCUCUGAUUUAUUCUGUGUGUUUUAGUUUGAUCAUAUGUAUAUAGGAGAUGCACGUUUGGGCUAAUUGGUGUAAGAAGUUGACAUUUGGGCUAAAUUUUAAGGUCGACAUUUGGGCUAAUCCUCCCAUGUAACGGUAAAUUACAUGCCAAAUAUCUAUAUUUUAAUUAUAUAUUAAUAUUUUAUAUGUAAUAAACGACCCUCUAUUUAUAACUAUUUAUGUACUCAUUCCGUUUUCCAGACAGUGUCUGGUCCCUACUCACCACAGGGUUUGAAAGAGGGAUUUUGAGCAAGACAAGUCUUUAUAGCACUAAAUAUUGUUUAACUAUGUACAAUGUGAAGGUAUAGAAAUGUUCUUCCAAAAGAUUUCUCAAAGAUUGGUUCUGGUAUAAAUUUAAAUCUUAACAGCCUUGGCUAGAGGUAUAACAUGUUUAACCCUGUCGCAUUUAUGUCCUGUCCAAAGUCAGGAACCGCUAGCCUUUGUUAGUCUUGUGUGUUUUUUAAUUUUAAUUCAUUUAUAUGUUUCAAGGUUUAGUGUGGCAUCUAUUUCACUGAACUAGUAUACAUUAUUGUUUAGGGGCCAGCUGAAGCCGGCUUCUGGGUGUUGGAUUUUCUCGCUGCGUUGAAGACCCAUUGGUGGCCUUGAGCUGUUAACUGCUCUUUAGUCAGAUUGUUGUCUCUUUGACUCACAUUCCCAGUUUUCAUUCUCAAAUCUAUUUAAAAGCUGUCAUCUUGUUAUGGUCUGACAGUUGCUGAUCUUCACUGUAAACUCAUUUCAAUUUACACUGAACUCAGAAGAAAACACUCAGUAGAUAUUAUAUCAAAUAUUGUAAAACCUCAAGUUUUUUUCUUUUCAAACUAGCAUGGUUUCCCAAUGAUUGGAUUUUUAUUUAUUUAUUUUGUUUGAUAUCGUGUAUAUUUCGGAUAUUAAUAAAUUUCACCUGUAAUUUACCUUUACAGCUUAAAAAAAUUAUUAGCCCAAAUGUAAUCUUGACUCCAAUUUUUUAGCCUAAAUGAUACCAUUGUCACGCUUAUGAUUUAGCCUAAAUAUCUUGCGCCCAAGUAUAUCAUGACCUUAGUAUCACAUUCUUGUAGUCCGGUUAAAUUUUCAUGAUACGUACGGUCUGUUCUUCAGAUUCUUUAAGUGAUAGGUCAACUCUCUUUGUUAUAUGGAUUAGUUUGUAGGAGCAUAUGUCUAUCUGUCAUGUUGUAUAGCUGAUGGUUUUACAAAAACUUUUGCAGGUCAAAUCUCAACCCAACAAGUUUGUAACUUAUCUGAAAGAACAAUACAAAACAGUGAUUGUAACUAAUAUAAACAUUUAUUUUAGAACAAUUAUAAAUUUAAAAAAAAUGAUGUUCUACUUCUGAAGUCUAUUUAUGUCCAGAUAAUAGUAGUCACUUAUGAUUUUUGGGGGGAGUCUGUCAUGAUCCAGAAACUUCUCUUAUUUAGGAAUUCAAUAGCUUUUGCAAAAAGAUUAUAUAUAUUUUUUUAAGAGUUCUUUUAAUUAUUUUCCAGCAUUUUAACAUAAUUCAUAAAUCAAUUAGUUUAUUUUUAUUUGAAAACAUGUAUGACAUUAUUUUUUAUAACUUAACAAUAUAAUGUAUUAUCAGCAAUAACUAAUUAGAUGAAACUAAAAACCAAAGAAAUCAAUCGCAGACAUUAUCAUAAAACAUAAAUCAUUUUCUUCUUAAAUAAAUACUAGAAACAGGAUGAAGUCUUUUCAUAAGUAGCUAUACAUGAUAGCUUAACAAUAUGUAAUGUAAUGUAUUGAUUGGUUGUUAAAAGUAUAUGUCCCCUUGACAUAUGUCAUAUGCAUAUCUGCCAACUUUUCAAAAUCUCCAUGGGGAUUUUAAGCACACAAGAGAACCUAAUGCAUACCUAUACAUGUCAUUAGUGUAUUAUUUUAGAACAACUAUGGAUUUGAAUGAGUAUAAAUGUGUUUAAAAUGUUUUAAAGUAUUUAGUCUAAAUAAUCUGAUUUUAUAAGGGCAGGUCAGCACCCGUCAUGGGGGAUAUCCGCAUAAAACUGGAAAGUUGGCAGGUCUGCAUAUGGCCUUGACAUAAUUUUGCAUUCCAACAGUUUGGUUAAGUUUUAAGGAUUAGGAAGUCAACAAUACAUGGAUUUGUUUUCAGGACCCAUGUACAUGUCAGUCUGACAUAUUACAUAUGGACCUCAUUGUUGUUGAAACAAAUUUGAAAUGUAGCAACCAGAAGUUGUCAACUUCAAUAGUAUGUUUCUAGUUGAUUUUCAUAAACAAUUGUUCAUUUGACAUCUUGAAGAUGUAUUUUUUUUGUCCUCAACAUAGCCUCCUUAUUCUUAAGAAGAGAAUGAGAAAGAUUAAGCUUAUUCAACUAAUCUUUGAACCUGAAGUGUGAAUGUAUAUUUUAAAAUGAAACAGUUUUGAUGUAAUACAAAAGAAAUAAUUGAUUGAAGAAAUCACUAAAAAGAAAAAAAAACAAUAAAAAGUAUUAAUUAUACAUGUACUUGUAUUUCAUACAAAAAUUAUGAAAUUUGCAACCUAUGUGUAUGAUAAUAUGUUCAAGAUUUUCAUUAACAAUAAAGAGUUGUCACCAUCAAUAAAA